GCGCCGUCAGACCGUCUGCUCGCCGCUGGCUCGCGUCGCUCUUCGCUCCUCCCUCUUCUCCGGCGCUUCGCGCCGCGGCGGCGGCAGCCUCAUCGCCGGCGGCAAUCCGGCUCCUCCGUCUCCGGCGCCUCUGCGCCCCCGCUGUAAGUUCGGCUGAUGCUAUGCGUCGUGUACGUGCUUCUGCGAUCUCUCCGUUCGUUCGUGGGUUGUUCGCUCCCUGCCCGUCUUCGCGUCAUCUUUGAUCAACCCAAAACGUGGUCAAGUCUGUUUCAGACGAGAAGGGCACGCGAAAGGGUUUCUGUAGGACAGUGCCGCAAGAAUUUCAUGAGAUAGUUUCGGAAAAGAAGCUGACUCUGUGCCGCCGCUUGUCACUAUGGGAGUUGAAAUACCAAAAUUUGUUGAAACGAGGAUAGCCCUGAGAUGUCGCUUUUGGCUAUGUACUCUGUGUUUGCUUCAAUUCCUGAGUGAACUGCGGCGUACAGUUUUCGAGUAAUUGUGACACUUAAGUUAGCAGGUUCCCGUGUCGGCGUAUCUCGGGAAGCUUGCUCGCAUCUCCGUGACACCAUACUGAAGUGAGGAUCAUCCACGGGACAUGAUGGGUUCGGAGGUUGAAACGCUUGAGGAGAGAUUGAAGUCUUCCUUGGUCCAGCUCCAUGCGGAAUGUGCCAUUCUUGAAAGGAUGGUGUACAAAAACAAGAACCAGCAUAGGCGUUGCUCCUAUUUCCAGUAUCUUUUGAAGGUAAGAAGGGAUCUGAGGCUUUUGCGGUCAGCUAAGCUGGAGGAAUUAUUAAGUUCUUGCUUUCAAGUAAUAACUGGAAAGAAGCCCAAACAGAAAGUUCAUCUUUUAGAAAGUCUAAAGUGGAGGAAGUGUGAUGUUGGGAAGCCUAAUUUUAUUGAACAACUUCAUGGCGUCGCACGACUACUGUCACAGAUGGUUCAACCAAUGUUGAAGGCAGCAUGCGAGAUAUCGAUCUUACUUGCUCGAUCAUUUUUCAUGGGAUUUUCUAUGACAAUCUUGUCAUUGCUAGCGCGUCUCAGAGUACUGGUUCAGCAAAUAUUACUGGACGUUGUUUCAGUGUUCAACAUUGUUUCUUCUAUCUCACAGAAAAAGCAGUCUGUAAAAUUAACGCAUGAAGGAGUUGAGGUUUUUAGGGAGUUCUAUCCAACACAUCGAGAUUAUAUAAUGCUAGAGUGCAUAUGGCAAACUGAUAAAUUCAUAUUGCUAGAAAGCACAUACAAGAAUGACGGAAGCAAUUCGGCUGGUGACAGAGAAAAUACUUCACUAGGGGCACCUGCAAUACACUACAAAAGCAUCGACUGUUCUCUUGAAGAUGAACGCGACUCAGUCCCACAGAAGGCAGAGAUGGGUAAAGCUGUCGAGCAAGCUCUGCUUCAGGUUGAAGAGGAGGUGACUGGAUCUAUUCCCAAUGCCUCCGUGCCUAGUGGCCAUGAGAAACAGGGAAAUGUCUCGAGUGAGGAGGAGCAAAAUGCAACAACUGCACAAACCCCUGAGAACGAGGUCUCUGUGGAUGGCGGGCUUCUUAAUGAUCCGUCACCAAGUUCGGACCCUUCCAACAUGAAGUCUAGAACCAAAAAGGUGGCCUUUGUUUCAAUAAAGAAACCAUCUUCAUCGAGUAAUGUGGAUUGCAAUUCAAACAAAACUAAUGUGAAAAGCAGCAACGUCGAAAAUCCAUUCUUCAAUUUGCAUGCAGGCGGAAACCUUCGGGAAUCACUUCUAGAUGAUGAUUAGUAGGUGUUGUUGGUUCGUUCUUACAUCUUUUCUCAUCUGUCUUACUCACUUUUUGUCAUUAUUUGUUCAUUUAAUACAAUUCUUUUCAGUAGACCGGCAUCUGAUGGAUUUGCUGGCAUAACUCGAAAUGCCAAAGGCUCAGGUUUAUUUCA